AUGAUCCUGGUGCUGGUGCUGUGUAUGCAGCAGGGAGUGCAGCGUUUACAAACUGGCCUGGACGAACGACACACGUUUGGGGAUCCGGAUCCCAAUGUUCGGCUGUGGGACCACGAGUUGAGACGGAGGGGUCGGAGGAGUGAGAAGAGGAGAAAGAAGAAGAAGAGAGAGGCAAAGAAGAAGAGAGAUGCAAAGAAGAAGAGCGAGGCAAAGAAGAAGAGAGAUGCAAAGAAGAAGAGGGGGACAAAGAAGAAGAGGGGGACAAAGAAGGAGAGGGGGGCAAAGAGGAGGCAAAGGAUGAGGAGCCAAAGCAGCCGUCUGAUGUAG